CCCACUAUGGCUGAAAUGAUUCAUAUCGACUUCCGUUUGAUUCUUUAAUAACAAAUAUUUCUCAGAUUCUCAGUAUAGCAGAAAAUUAGGGAUUGGCAACUUUUGGUAAAUUAAAUCACCACAAAAGUAAGUUCUAGUCAAAAACAUAACAAAGCUACAGGAAACAGUGGGUCAAUUACUGUCUGGCAUUUUUCAAGAAUUCUGGCAUGGUUCCAAGAACUGCAGGAGUUUUCAACUGGCCCUGAGGCCACCUAGAAUUAUGCAAGCCUUAGUGGAUGAUUUGUAUACAGAAUGCAAGUUUUCUCAUGCCUAGAGAAUGAUUUUCUGUCACCUAUGCAUGCAUAGGAUAAUAUCAAAUUGAGUAAAAUUUUUCUCGAUUUCGAAAUGUGCACAUGGGAUUAGAGAUGUCAGCCAAGGAGCAGACCUUGUCAUCUUUGAAUGACAUCAUAAAAUUCCAAAGGCAGAACCAAAGGGAACAUUUUGUGGCCACUUGUGGUCAAUGCCAACCUGGUGAUACAGAGCUGAAAUCAGACGAUAGAGAAGCUGAAACAGUGCAUGCUGACUCACAAGGAAGUGAAAGUAGAACAAAAACUACUGCUAUUGGAAGCGAAGGUGGUUUGGAACAAGAAUCAAGCUCAAAUAAAACAGCAAAAAGGCCAAAAAGAUGCCUUGGUAUCAACUACAGUGCCAAGAAGAUGAUACCAGUUGUUUAUCCCAGGCUUCAGUUAACACAAUUACGGCCACAAAAACAGCCCCCAGUUGAUGUCAGGAAAUUGAAGAGAAAGAAGGGGGGAGAAAACAUGACAAUUGCAAGUGAGAUGUUGUGGGGAAAUACUGCCUCUGAUAUUGAAAGUAAGGCACUGCCUCUUUUUGAUGGUCAGGUACCUCCAGAAGUUGUUGUUGUAAGCACCUGGAACAACGAGGUUGAAGUUGUGACGUCAGAGGCAGCUGAAUGGGAAAAAGGGGGUGUUGACAUGGAAGGCUUACCACAGGUUGACAAGAAAUUAAAAAUCGGAGUUUCUGAGGAAAUUUUUGCUGCUUCUGCAAUUUGGAACCAAGAAAGUACAACUGAUGAACUAAAUUCAACAAAUAGUCAGUCAAGGAGAAAUUCUUAUCCAGCCUCUUUUAUGGUUCAAGAAAAACCUUCUGACCAUAGCAGUAGCUGCCGGCGUCACGGAAGAAGAAAAGUUCGGUCGACUAAUUGGACUCAAGAUGACUUGGAAAAAGCGAUUCUAGAUAUAAGAGACAAGGGUAUGUCUUUGCGAAAAGCUGCAGCCUUGCAUGGAAUACCUAAGUCAAGUCUUGGUGACCGGCUGUCCGGAAAGAAGAAAUUAUCCGGAACAAUAGUAAAAAGCCACAACCAGAUUGAUAACAGUAAACGUGCUCGAAAGAAUAAUAUUGUUUAUCCUAGAGGUGCCUCUAAGCCAGAUAUACAAGUCUGUCGUGAUAAUUCGGUUGAAAAAAUCGCCGGUCGUAUUUGUCCUAGAAAUGAAGAAGACCCAGGAAGCUCAUUGUCACAGACCAGUCCUGUUGUUUCAAUUCAAGAGGAAAUCGUGACAGAUCAGGCAAGAGAACAUGAAUCGAAUAAACACACCCAAGAUCCUUCGGUAGUUGCAAUUGAUAACCAUACUUUCGUUACAUUUGAUGGGAAAGAAAACGAUAUUUUAACAGUUCAUGGAGUCACAUAUGAAACAGACAAGCAAUCCAACGCCAAAACAAACAAACGACGGAGAUCAACUAAAAAGAAUCAGAGACCUGGCUCUAGUUACGUCAACGGGCUUAAGCGAUCAAACUUGACUAUGUCAGAACUUGGCGAAGCACCGGCGAAGAGAUUGAAUCGAUUUGAUUAUCGCGUCACAAUGUCCGAUGAUAUAAGAGAAAAGACAAGCUUCAAGGCAAAAUUGAAAAGUUGGUCUCAAACAGACAUGGAAAACGCAAUCAAAGAUGUCACCGAACAUGGUAUGUCAAUCAGGCAGGCAGCUGUCAAUCAUAGAAUUCCAAAGUCCAGCUUGGCGGACAGGAUAUGCAGAAGGAAAGACAAUGCCGAUCUCGGAAAGCUGCUUGAACAACUUAGGCCCAUUGCAAAGGGAGAUGAGGAUUUGCAAGCCUUGAAAGACCUAGAAAAUGGGAAAAAGUCUCCAAAGUCUGUCGCAAAACAGUUUGGUAUUUCCUUUUCUUUUCUUCGAAAGGCUCUGUCCUCAAAUCGUAAUGAAACGUCCUCUAAGCUCAUUAAAACAAACAGUCAAAUUGCUGAGGAAAUUAAUCUUGAAGAAGUCAAUCUUGAUAAUUCCAAAGAUGAAAGUAGCAGAGUAGCAAAGUUUGAAGGGGAAAGGUCAAAGGACACUAAAAGUACCAAGUGUAGAAAGGAGCGCAUGCGCUGGAAACGCGAUAAUUUAUUGCUUGCAAUGAAUGCUGUAAAGGAUGGGAAAAUGUCGUUAAGGGGUUCAGCUAAGUUUUAUGGGAUACCGAAAUCAACACUUGGGGAUAUCAUCAAAGGGAAAUGCUCUACGUCCCUAACACCAGGACCUAAACGACUUUUGUCCGAGGAGGAGGAGAACUCCUUGGCCGGGUGGUUAAUUACAAUGGAAAGAUCUGGCCGUCAUGUUAGAAUCAAGGAAGUUUUAGAGACAGUUAAAGCAAUACUGGAUAACAGUGGAAAACAGAUCGCUCGCUUGAAAGACAAUCUGCCCAAAGAGAGCUGGUGGUACGGGUUUCUGUUACGUCAUAAAGAGGUAGCAGAAGUUCGUAAACAUUUCAAGAUGGACUCGCCAAGUUUUGUCAAAAAAGAAAAUUUGCAAUUGAAAGACAAACACAAAACAUAUAGAAAAAGACGCGAAAUAUCGACAAAAGAUAACAGGAUGGACUCUGUGGAAGGAGACUGCACCAACGACAACCAAAGUAAUGAUGGCUUCUUUUGCGCUAUCUGUGAUAAACCCUAUCGAGAUGGCGAUGCGGAGGAGAUUUGGAUAAGCUGUGGCAAUGUAUCUGACGAUGGAAUUGUGACUGAUGGCUGCGGAGGCUGGUCACAUCUCGGUUGCUCCAACCUAGCUCCGCAUAAUUUGAGUACUAAAGAACUUGAAAGUGUCCUGUGGCAUUGCCCGAGAUGCGUAAAAUGCUACUUAAGCGAAGCAAAUACACCGUAACGGUAGAUUCUCCUACAUAUGCCCAUUAUAAAAUAUCAAUUUAAGUUUUUACUCAGUAUAUUUCAAUACGUCUGA